UUUUUGGGCAACACAGAGGGUAUAAAAUUGGGCCACACCCCCCGGUCGUUCGCGGAAGGUAGAACAGUCCAGUUUGCAGAGCGAGUGAAGUCAACCCAAAAACUAUUAGUUAACAAACUACUAAACAACAACGGUCUGACAGUCAUUUCAAAGACUUAAAUCCACUUUACCGGUAAACAAUGUGACCAAGAGAGAGCACCAUCUUUCUGAGGACUGCGAGGAACACAUGAGAACCAUCUUUGGCGGUGGCGAGAGGGGUACAGCACCAUGGCAUCUCAGCCGAGUGUAUGCAAUGAAAGAAAUCUUCUGCGCCUCCGAGCACGGGAACAGAGGAGCCAAGAAACCAGCCAAGCCAAAGAAUUUAGUCCAGAAAAUGUUCCACUCUUUCCGGAACCGUACAAGACAAACAAAGGGGAUGAGCUUUCAAACCGAAUCCGAAGAAUGCUGGGCAGUUACGAUGAUGUGAAUACUUGUUCCAUUUCCAUGGAGGCUUUUCCUAUUCCUAGUUGUCAGCCCGGGAUAACCAUGACCCAAAAACCCACCGCAUACGUGCGCCCCAUGGAUGGUCAGGACCAGGUGGUCAGCGAGUCCCCCCAACUGAAGCAAUCCCCAGAACGGUAUUCCCCUCUGCCGGAGUUGAUCAUCAAAUCUGACUUGGACAAAAUCAAGAAAGUACCUCCAUCUUUGGCGGUGACAGAAGAAGGCCUAUCAGUGGAAGACAUCCUUCGUGAAAUGACUCAGCCGUUGCCUCCUCUGUUAUCAUCUAUACAAACACCUUACUCUCUACUGUCAAAGCUGCCGUUGUCAGCUAAGGUGAGACAAAGAAGAUCAAAGGAAUUAGAUCAGGUCUCUUCACAUUCAGAACAAAAACAUCAUCACUCCUCUUCUAUAGAUCCACCUCAACUCAUCCAAGAGCAGCCGUGCUCAGUGUCAUUUGAAGCGUUGCGUUCUAGUGGUGUGGAGACGACGAGCUCCAGCGACUCUGAGUGCAGCCCAGCGUCUGAGUCGGACAGUGAAAGCACCACAGAGGAGUCUGCACAACAGACAAAGAACAGCUCAGUGGCAGCUGGGCAGCCUGAGCCUCCAGGAGCAAGCCUUACUAAUUGGCAGCUGGGGAACUGGAUCCGAUCCAGCCAACAAAACUCCAGCAGCGAGGGUCACGGUGACCCGCUAGUCUCCCAGAGCCCCUCUCACAACCUGCUUUCUCAGAACUCCAGGAAUAAGAUAGAGGAGCUUUCAUCUCACCAUAAAGAGUUCCCCGAUAACCCGGUCGUUCGUUGCCAUGAAAGCCUCCAGAAUAACCGGUGUCGUCCGCAGAGCAGCAAAAACUCUCUUCCAGGGAGUUCAAGGAACUGUAAAACUUCCAAGAAGCAUUCGAUACAAGCUCGCUUCCUGGAUCACGCUGCAGCAACGUCCGAUGCUAAAAGUGUGGACGUUUUGAACACUCAAACAAAGGACUCCUGUUUCACAGGGAAACCCAAUGUAAAGACGAAAUUAGGAUGUUCUAAGAAGGACAGCAGUGGCUCUAAAAGGGACAAAAAAAGGACUAAACACUCAAAAAAGGAUGAACAGAAGUCAGGAUUGGAUGUUCCACUUGUGGUGACCAGUCAUUGUAUAUCAUGUGGAGGUCUUAAUCCAAACUCCUGUUCUUGUUUUUCCCAAAAUCCUGACCAAAAUCACAACCUGCUUCCUGUUCCUCCAAUCCAAAGCAAACCCAAGACGGAAAUAUGUCAGAGUGGCACAAAGCUGCCUCACAAGUCACUCCUCCAUGAGAAGACUUCUCCAUGGGAUGCUGUGGAGCAUCCUCCCAAAUCCCUGCUGGUAAAAAUAGACCUUCAUCUGCUAUCAAGGACCCCUCAAACCGUCAGCAGUCAUGGAGGCAUUUCCACCAAUAUGAAGAGACCUGCACUAGUGAUAGAACGAGAGGAGAGCAGCGCCAUUUCUAAAGUGCCUAAAGACAACAGAAGCUGCAAAAAGCUGCAGAAAGCUGGAGAGGAAACCAAGAGUCUUCCAAAAAAAAGACUGAAGGCAGAAAAAAAGCUCACCUCUUCUGUGAAAUUGGAAAGUUUCAAGAAUCUGACUGAAAUCCAAAAGCAAAAGUUGAAGAAACUUCAUGAGCCCGCCACAUCCAAAGAGCCUCCAGAGGUCUUGAAGUUAGGAAGCAAAUCCUUCCACAAAUUGCACAAAUCCAGCACGGAGUCAGGAAAGAAAAAGCUCAAGAAGAGCAGUAAAGAGGACGCACAGCAUCUGCACCAUGACAAGAAACCAACAAAGAAGAGCACCGCUGGUUCACUGGGUUCACCACGCCACAAGGAAACUUUGACCAAACGGCCCUUAUUAAGAUUAGAUAUCAGACAGCAUCCAGUAGAUCACUACAUAAAAGAGGCCAAGAGAUUAAAGCACAAAGCAGACGCAGAGACUGAUAAGGUCAGUAAGGCCUUGAACUACAUGGAGGCCGCCAUGUUCUUUGUUGAGAGUGGCAUCGCCAUGGAGAAAGUCCCACAUAUUUCCAUGUCUUCCUACACCAUGUUUGCAGAGACGGUGGAGCUUCUCAAAUAUGUGGUGAAACUUAAAAACCCAGUGGACGCCUCCACUCCACCAUCUGAAAUUGAUUUCUUGGUUUUGUGUAUGAAGUGCCAGUGUCUCCUGCAGAUGGCGAUGUUUCGACACAAGCAGAAAACUGCCGUAAAGUUUUCAAAAACUCUUUCAGAGUACUUUCAGAGCUUUGCUCAAGCGUCACACAUUUCUCCUGCGUGUUCAUUAAAAAUCACAGAGAACCCGUCCUCCAGCACACCGUCUCCAGCUAGUUCAGCUUCUGGCGGUUUAGGUGUGGGCUCAUCUGGUGCCACUGUGACCGUCCCUCAGGAAAUCGAACAAGUGACCUUCACCUACAUCAACAUCACUGCUUUAUUCCUAACCGCUCAGGACAUGUGGGAGCAGGCGGAGGAGCUGGCACACAAAGGCAGUGGUUUGUUGGCAGAGCUGGACACCGCUAUGGGCCCAUUGACUAUAACUUCAAAUAUGAACUCCAUGGUUCGUUAUACGAGACAGGGCGUUCACUGGCUGAGGCUGGACAGCUAAAAGCUGGGAGGACAGGCGUCAAGCUGCUGCUCUGUCUGUUUGUCCGCCACUUUUCAGAUUCUGACCUGCACUGUUUCUCAGGUUUGUGCCAGAUUCUUUUGUACGUCACACGGGCUUCACCGUCCCCUCAUCAAAGAUGAUCGCACGUAAUUCUGAAGCGUAAAAAAAAAAAAAAAAAAAAAUGUGGAGCCUCCUAUCGGCACUUUGAGAUUGUGGACAAUCUGCUUAAAACUUUAUAAGGGAAAACAUCAUGUUUUUUUUUAUUAUAUUUUUCAGAAUCUGGAGUUUAAUUAGUUUUAUUUUGGGGCACAAAGUUGUAUGACUAACUAGGGCUACAUAAUUCUGCGUCAGUUUGCAAACUUCAGAUGGGUAUAACCACUCAUUUUGACUGUUUAUUGUUCAGAAUUUGGCACUUAAAUCCGGUUGAAACUCCUCAACAUCCAGUUUCUUUUCUUUCUUUAAAGAGAACACAUUUUUUUUCUGGUUAUUUCAGAUACAGACAGAAGGAAACUAAGGUUUAAACAGGCAGAAGACGAUAGAAGAAAGUAGAAGAUAAUAUGGUCAGGGUUUGAAGCCCUAAGAAAAAUAUAUUUGAGUAUUGCUUUUAUAGUACCACAAAGUAGUAUACGUUUUUGUGUCAUCUGCUCUGAUUUUAGGGCCCGUUUAAGUUUUUCCAAGUUGAAUGAUGACUAUCAAAUUCCAAUGAUCUGCUGGUUUGUUGUCAUGGUGAAUUGAGUGGAUUUAAAUUUCAAUUUUGACAAAAAAAUUGAGUGAGGACAGUUGAAGUAGUUUAGGAGAGAUUUAUUCACACGUGAAGUUCUGUACCAGGUAAAAGUACUUCUUCUUCAGUCUUACUGAUCCUGAUGACCUACCUAGUUUGUUUUAGACUCUCGUUUUCUGGUAAGAAUCAAAUAUAAGCUGACUUUUAUUUCGGUUGACCAAAGUUGAUUUUUUUUGUGGUGAAGAUUUCUUGGCGGAAAGAGUGGAUAGUUUUCUUUGAAAGUAAAAGAUUAUGAUUCUCUUUAUCUUUUGAAUCCUGUCGCCUCUAGCUGCCAAAAAGUCCUAGUGUAGUUUCUUUUGGGAACACUGAGUUCACACCUGGCAAAAAUGUGAUUUCUUUGAGAGAAAAUGUUUGUUUUUUUUACAUUUGUGUUACAAAAUCCUUUUGCAGAUGCCGUUAGUAAAUGUUCAGCUAGACUUUUACUUUGAAGGGGAGUUUGAGCACCUUCUCACACUACAAUUUUUGCUAAGCUAACCCAAUAAAGUUAGCUGGAAAACAGUU